CGGUAACCCUGCUGGCAAGCAUUGGUAAAUGAGUUUAUAGCAUUAAAAUUCACAAGUAAACAUUAUUUAAUAUACAACUUAACAAACGAAUAAGCAAAAGUGCUGCUACGCUAACCAAGUAACAUUAUUAACAAAAGUCUCGGUGGGAAAAAAAACAAUUCUACAGACGUUAUUGCUAAAACCGCAAGACUGACAACGCGCGCGUGUGAGUGUGUGUGUGCGAGCGAGAUAGGGAGAGAGAGCAUCAUAGACAUGUCACAUACGAUACUGUUGGUCCAGCCGGGACCGCGUCCAGAGACGCGCACCUACUGCGACUAUGAGAGCGUCAACGAGUGCAUGGAGGGCGUCUGUAAAAUCUACGAGGAGCACCUGAAGCGUCGCAAUCCAAACACGCCCACCAUCACCUACGAUAUCAGUCAACUUUUCGAUUUUAUUGAUACACUGAUUGAUAUUAGCUGCUUGGUCUAUCAGAAGAGCACCAAUACAUAUGCGCCCUAUAACAAGGACUGGAUUAAGGAAAAGAUCUAUGUGCUGCUACGUCAGGCAGCAUUCAGUCCAAAUGCCUAACUAACCAAAAACGACAAAAAAAAAAA